GUCCCCUCCCCGCGGGAGGAAACCGGAACCGCAGGAGCUGGACGGAAGGUUCCCGCAGGAUGAAGCUCGGCGGCGGUUGGAGCUCGGUGCCGCUGCUCCUGGCGGUGGCCCUCGGGCUGUCGGUGGCCGCUCAGGGCCUUGGGGGGAGCGCGGCCCCGCGGACGGACGCGGCCAACAGCAGCAGCAGCACGACGCCGCCCCCGCACCGCCAGACGGUGUACCCGGACCGCUCGGUGAUCCAGAGGGCGGUGUGGGUGCUGCUCGGCAUCAGCGGCCUCGGCGUGGUGUACUUCAUCAUCAGGAGCGUCAGGUUAAAGAAAACACAAAGAAAGAAGUAUGGCUUGCUUGCUUCAUAUGAUGACCAUGUGGAAAUGGCUCCAAUGGAUACUGACGAUGAUGACACAACUUUAUUUGAAGUAAAGGGCAUGAGGAGGUAAUAAGCAUUCUGAGGACAUACGGUGAAUGUGACUUAUUUGUCAUGCAGUUUUCAGAAGCUUCAAUCUUCUUGUCAUUUGCUAAUUACUUACCGAUGACUGACUAAAUAUAUUUGUAUCUUGCGUGCAACUGGACAGGUAACUCCAGCAUAACCAAACUUUUCAAUGUUCGGAAACCGAAGAAACCCUGCUAAAACUCUUCCAUUGUUGGGGAAACUUUUACUUCACCAUUAUUGUGAUUUCUGUAUCAUUUCCUGUGAAUCGUUCAGAAAGACGUUCCGGGUAAUGAGUUAAAGUUAGCCUGGACUAAGCGUUUUGUCACCGAGCUCGGCUUGGAGCGAGCAGAACCAACAGACUGUUUACAUUGGCAUUGUUUAAUUUAAAUUUGGUGGGAUAACUGCUGUUCAAUCACAUUAGGUGGAUAAGCUUAUUGACAUACAGCAUUGGCACAGUGAAGACUGUGUAAAAUUUCCAUAGGUGACCAGCAAUGUGUACUCCAUAGGAAUGGGUGGGGAUGAAUAGAAGUGGUAAACCUUUUGCCUGUUUUUGGCACAUAGGGCCCCAUUCUUAUUGGGCCCUGACUGCUGUGCUUAGACAAUACAGUGGGGUCCAUAAGUCUUCUCAGCAAGUGUGCAGUAAGCAUCCACCCAGCAAUAUAAACACUACACUGCUCUACCUGUGCCUGAAUAUCAAGCUAAAAGCACUUUUCUUUUAAAAAGUCUUUGCUAACCUCUCACUGGAAUGUUGAUUUCCAAAUGCAAUUGUCAUGUAACAGCAUCCACUUAAACUAAAGUGGGAGCAAGUAACUGUAUGUCUUUGAUUGUUGUUUAACACUGAAUGCUACUUAACCUUUAACAUUCACCUUUCCAACUGCUUCAAUGUGCCGUGAUGUUUCCUUAGGAAAAAGAGCGGGAAAAUGCACCUCUGUCUGAGCUAGUACAAGUGCAGAGUUAAACUGGUGAAUAGUAAGGCAACUCCUGAGGCCUAGACCAAACAAAAAGUGUGCCUUGGUUACUGCCAAAUGUAGCAAGUCAGUAAGGUCAGCUGACUAGCUUCAGCCAGUUGUGUGAAUGCUGCAGUUUUUAAGUGUGAAUGUACAUUUACUGCCUGCAGUUGUGAGGCACCCAGCUGCAUGUAGGCAUCAGUCAUGCUACUAAUAACUUGGGCCUAUUUCUUAGCUUCAAUUAAGAUGAAUUAAGGUGCAACAUGCCCUUCUCGCACAUUGUUGGGAGCUUGUCAGGACUGUGAAGUGUUUUAUAAGCCUUUUAAACAACAACAAAAGAGUUACAAUUCAAUGCCAUCCUUUUUGUUUACUUGUUUAUUAAAAUAAUUUUUUGUGAAAGAAAA